AUUUUUCUGGUUAGAUUUGUGGAAAUCUUUAUGAUCUUUGCGCAAGUUUCGUGCUAAAAAAAAAACCCAUCCCAAAUUCAUUAGAAUUUGGACUUUACAUUCUGUACUCUUUUGCAGUUGCAUUGCAGCAAAGUUUGGCUCCCAGAUAAACGUGAAAAUCAGUGAAAGAAGAAAACGAUGGAGAUGGAAGUGGACAGCGAGAAGAAGCAACACGACGUGAAAGAGAAGGACUUGUUCAAAGCAGCUGAAGAAGGUGAUGCUGCAACGUUCCAAGCGCUCUCCGCUGAAACCCUCUCUAAAGCGCUCUCUCUCAGAAACGAAGAUGCUCGCUCCCUUCUCCACGUUGCCGCCUCUUUCGGCCACUCCCAGGUGGUGAACAUACUGUUAUCUUGUGAUGGGUCUGCUGGUGUGGUGAAUAGUGCCGAUGAGGAAGGGUGGGCGCCGCUUCACUCCGCCGCCAGCAUUGGGAAUUUGGAGAUAGUGAAGUCUCUAUUGAGCAAAGGAGCUGAUGUUAAUCUGAAAAAUAAUGGGGGUCGCGCUGCUUUACAUUAUGCAGCCAGCAAAGGUUGGUUGAAGAUUGCUGAAAUCCUCAUCUCCCAUGAUGCCAAGAUUAACAUAAAAGAUAAGAUUGGUAGCACUCCAUUGCACCGGGCAGCUAGCACUGGUAAAUCUGAGUUGUGUGAGCUUUUGAUUGAAGAAGGAGCAGAGGUUGACAUUAUUGAUAGAACUGGUCAAACUCCUCUGAUGAAUGCUGUGAUUUGCCAUAACAAAGAGGUAGCUCUCCUUCUGAUAAGACAUGGAGCAGAUGUGGAUGUGGAGGACAAGGAAGGGUACACAGUUCUUGGUCGUGCUACAGAUGAAUUAAGACCAUUACUAAUUGGUGCUGCCAAGGCCAUGUUGGAGUUAUCAGUAUAAAAGAGUAGAGUCGUAGGGUUAUGGUAAUUAUAUUGCGAUUCAUUAGUAGUGGUUACUUUCUUGAAAAAUUGAGACCAUCAUACCAUUGUUCUGCACAGCCAAAAACUUAUCUUUACCUAUAUAUUUAGUUGUCAAAUUUUGCCAUCUUUUUAGAUCA